UGCGCACCUGCGUAAGACAAGCAGUGUCCGCAAUCUGCAACCUUACAAGUGGGAAGCUGCACCUUCGUCUGAAAGACGCCUGAGGGGAAGCAUUUAAAACAAAAAACGCCUGGUUUUAACAAUGAGUGAAAUUUCUUUUGGAUUACAAACUAUGAGGAGGUUUUCCCUCGCUGUAUCCUCUGAGCAGCUGUGACCACCGUGUCCAGACACCGACACGCGCCGUCCUCUGCCACAUCUCCGGGCUACUUGUUGUCAACCUGCGAGAAACAUGCCACCCAAAUUAUUGGCUUACGUCUCACUCCUGUCUGUCCUUCAUACAUGCUCUCUAACAAUCGAGUACGAGGAGGACUACGAGGAUGUCACUGUGAACCAAAUGCUGGCUCCUAAAUCACAGGAAACCGAUGCCACGAAUAUCCUCAACAAUUUACUGAAAGAAUAUGAUAAGAAACUGCGACCGGACAUCGGAGUUAAACCAACUGUUAUAGAUGUCGACAUAUUUGUGAACAGCAUCGGACCGGUGUCAUCCAUAAAUAUGGAAUACCAAAUCGACAUCAUCUUUGCCCAGACGUGGACGGACAGCCGUCUCAGUUACAACAGCACAAUGAAAAAAUUGACUUUGAACAGCAAUAUGGUUGGACUUAUUUGGCUACCAGAUACCAUCUUCAGAAACUCCAAGAAUGCAGAUUCCCACUGGAUUACAAUGCCUAACCAGCUGCUCAGAAUAUGGAACGAUGGGAAAAUACUUUACACCUUAAGACUGACAAUAAAUGCAGAAUGCCAGCUGCAGUUGCACAACUUUCCAAUGGACGAACACUCCUGUCCACUCAUCUUCUCCAGCUAUGGAUACCCACGAGAUGAGAUGAUUUACAAGUGGAGGAAGAACUCAGUGGAGGCGGCUGACCAAAAGUCCUGGCGUCUCUACCAGUUUGAUUUUAUGGGCCUGAGAAACACUACAGACAUAAUAAAGACUACAGCAGGUGACUAUGUGGUGAUGACGGUGUACUUUGACCUCAGUAGAAGAAUGGGCUACUUCACCAUCCAGACUUAUAUUCCCUGCAUCCUCACCGUGGUCCUCUCGUGGGUGUCCUUCUGGAUCAAAAAAGAUGCCACGCCAGCCAGAACGGCUUUAGGUAUAACCACAGUGCUGACUAUGACUACUCUCAGUAGUGUCGCCAGGACGUCACUACCCAGAGUGUCUUAUGUCACUGCCAUGGACCUUUUCGUCACGGUCUGCUUCCUGUUUGUCUUUGCUGCUCUGAUGGAGUAUGCAACGUUAAAUUACUAUUCGUACAGCGCUCGAAGACCCAGCUGCACGGAACCUAAAAGAUUGAACUACUCCGUCCUGGAUGUGAGACCUCCACACACUGUCAUCACUUUAAACAACUCCAUGUACUGGCAGGACUUUGAGGACGCUUGUGUCUACGAGUGCCUGGACGGAAAAGACUGCCAGAGCUUCUUCUGCUGCUUUGAGGAGUGCAAAGGCGGUGCAUGGAGAAAAGGACGUCUCCACAUAGAUUUACUUGAACUGGACGCAUACUCCCGCGUCUUUUUUCCCACCUCCUUCUUGCUGUUCAACAUCGUCUACUGGGUAGGCUAUCUCUAUCUUUAGCACACUGCAGGAGCCUACUUGGUCCCAAAAGAAGAACAGCACAGUUUUACAGAAGAAAUUCAAGCUUAAUAAAAAGGUAACACCAAA